ACCUGUAAUAUAUUGAUGACAAACAGUAUCAUAGGGGACCUUUAAAUUAUUAUUAUAUCUUUUUUUGAUUGUUAGUUUUCCAUUAUUAGUACAAACAACCAGGGUUUGAAUCUGACCUCCGAACAGAAUUUAUUUUGUUCUCCUUUCCAAUUUAACUGUCUGCAAAAUGGGCAAAAACUAUAAAGCACAUGAAAAAUGUAUCCGUCUCGGUUGCUGCAGGUGAAGGAGUCCAUGUCCUUGGAGCAGAUCCACAGCCGGGCCCUGGAGGUGAACGUGACCCGGAUCAGGAGCUCGUUGACGGAGACGCAGACGAAGGUGUCCGCGCUGCAGGAGGAGGACGAGCGGCUGGUCGAGGAGCAGCAGCGUCUCUCCGCCUCUUUCAAGUCUCUGCUGACGGACGCCAUCAGACACAGCGACGUCCUGGAGCUCCUGCUGGGGGAGGAGGUGAUGGAGUUCCUGGAGUGGCCUGUCCAGGACCAGGAGGCACAUUCAAUCCCAUCCUUGAAGGAGCAGCUGAGGGUCCUGCAGGAGCAGCUGGGAGGGAGGAGCAAACCAGGAAUGGUUUCCGACCAGCCUUCAUCCUCCUCAUCCUCCUCACACCCCCUCCCUGACAUGAGGAGGAGCAGCUCAGGAUCUGGAGCCCGCGAGCGUCAGCAGCUCCUCCUGCAGCCCGGGGGGGACGGGGGAGACCUGUGGAAGCUGGAGCGGAGGGUGGAGGAGCUGGGGUUAAAGCUGCUCAGCCUGCAGGAGGAAAGAGAGGCGCCCCCCGCUGGUGUGGAGGACAAACUGCAGGCAGAGGUGCAGUGGCUGAGGAGAGGCCUGGAGGAGCACCUGAAGGUCUUCAAGAACGUGUUCAGUAACGCUGAUGUGUUGAUGAGCUCCGAUGCAUCGCUGCAGCUCGACCAGCUGUGGCAUCUGCUGAAGGAGAAACAGGGGAGGAAGGAGAGGAAGAGGGGAGGACACGAGAGGAGCAGGAGGGAGGACUCAGGCUCUGUCUCCUCUCCAGUUGUGGCCCCGGACCCCUCCCGCCUCUCGGGGGCCUCCCUGCUGAUCGUGGCCGGAUCUCCUCGCAGCGUUUCCAGCGUCCUCGUGUUUGAAACGUCCUUAAACCGCGAUCAGGUUUACUCUGACAGCGGCGUCUUCACGGCUCCUCAGAGCGGGGUCUACCUGUUCUCCCUCACCCUGGACCUGAGGCCUGGACCCACACAAGUGAUGCUGAGGAGGGGGGGGGCAGGGGGGGUGCCGAUGUCCCUCCGUCGACGAGGGGGGGGCACAGAGGGGCCCGUCACCGGUGCAGUGGUCCUGCCUCUGAGGAGGGGGGAGGAGGUGAGGCUGGAGAUAAAAGAAGGAUCGUUGAGGGAGUCAAGGGACACCGUGUUCAACGUGCUGCUGCUGCACCAAACCACCUGAGGGCGCUGUGGGCAAAACAGACUUUAUUGUACAAAAUGAGAUUCAAUUGCAAAAUCUCAAAAAACGUCAAAUUUAAAUAGGGUUUAAUACUGUACAAAAACAACUUAAAGGUCCCCUAUUAUACUGUUUUUCAUCAAUAUAUUAUAGCUCUCAGAUAUAUACAAAACAUGUCUCUGAAGGGAUUGGCUAAUGGUUACACAAGCCAAAAAAAUCGUUAUGACAUCAUAAAGUGGCCAAAAUCUGAUCAGCUCAUUUUCAGACAGGUUUUUAUAGAAAUGGAUCAGGACAAAAAGAGAGAGAAUCUUUUUCCUGAAACUUUCAGAGUCUCUUUCCACAGAGGGGACACAUGUUGAUGUAGAAGAG